AUGGAUGCAGUCGACGAGAAAAUCACAAUUAUUUAUUUCAAGUCUGAUGGAAAGUGGGUAUUGAAUGGUAAUAGGGAAUACGAAUGGGUUGGAAAAGUUAAGGAUGGGAAGGGAGUCAUAUUCAUGUGUCCUCCAACUGAAUUGAAAUACAAACGUCUUGUUGAAGAGUUAUAUUCUGAAAUGGAGGCUGACCAAAGUAAAACAGACAUGAAGCUGAGCUAUUUGCCAGCUGUAAAAGGAGGUACUGAGCCGAUUUACAUAUCGAAUGAUAAACAAGUUUUAAUUUAUCUUCUAGACAAAAUGAAUGGAGGCAGAAGCAUGCUUCACGUGGAGAUAGAAAAGGCGAGGUCAGAAAAUGAGUUUAGAAUUCCUGAUUUAGCGAGUUGUGUUGGACCAUAUGGAGGUAUAAUAUGUGUAGGUUAUAAGGAUUGCGAUGUUAUCCAGAGUCCAAAUUUCAAGAGUAAAGUUGGGAGUAAUAGUUUAUGUAUUGGAGCAGCAGCAGCAGUUGAAGUGAAUGGAAAUGCGACAGAUGUAGUGGACUCUGUAAAUGAUAUUCUCGCCGAUACUGUAGUUGAUCGAAAUGAGAUUGGUACAGAUUUAGUGGACCGUGAAACUGGACUUGAUGGAAAUGAGAAGGUUGUAGUGGAGUGUGCAACGACUAUGCAAGCUGAAAGCACGUCUGAUAUGGCCAUGGUAGUUGUGGAGGACUCAUUGUUUUGUACUUCAGUAUUCGAAUUUACGGAUGGAUUGAACAUAGAUAUUGGGUAUGAGUUUGAUAAUAAGCAAGAAGCGCAAGAAUAUAUACGAAAGGGUUCAGUUAAGGCUUGUUUCAGCUAUGUUACAGUGAAGUCUGACAAGAAGUUGUGGGAGAUAAGAUGCAAGUUUGCUGGAUCAGGUUGUAACUGGAAAUUGCGCAUCGCAUCGAUCCCGAGUUCGAAUCGUUUUAGCGUAAGAACACACAAUCCAAUUCACAGAUGCAGACCUGUUUCAGAAGAAGCUAUGAAAGGUACAUCGAAUUUAGUUAGAUAUUAUUUGAAGGAAGAAUAUGCUGGGAUCCUCGAAAUUCCUAAUGCUCCAGAAUUAGUACGACGAAUAAAAACCAAGUACGGGGCAACUGUUUCGUAUUUGAUGGCAUUGAGAGGGAAGCACAGUGCUGAAAAAGAGAUUCGCGGUAAUCAUGUCGAUCAUUACAUGAGGCUUCCUGGGUGGAUGUACAUGCUGAGAGAAAGAAAUCCUGGAUCCAUAGUGCGACUUGAGUUGGACAAUGAUCAGAAAAGCUUCAAGUACCUAUUUGUCGCGUUAAGUGCAACUAUAAAAGGAUGGAAGUAUAUGCGUAAAGUUGUUGCUGUUGAUGCGACAUUUUUGUCAAGCGAAUACAAGGGAGCAUUGGUCGUGGCAACCGCGCAGGAUGGAGAACAUCACCAAUAUCCUUUAGCAUGGGGUGUGAUCGAUAGAGAGAAAGACGCUUCAUGGAGGUGGUUUAUGAAUAGAUUGAGCGAAGUAAUACCGGAUGGACCUGAUGUGGUUGUGAUAUCCGAUAGGUAUAAAAGUAUAUUGAAAGCUGUGAGAGAAGUAUAUAAACAAGCUUAUCAUGCAUACACGGAGAAGGAGUUUGAAGAGUUGUACUCUGAUUUGAAGAACAGGUAUCCCAAAGCGGCAGAGUACAUGGAAAAAGAAGAACUUGCUCCGGAGAAGUGGGCAAGGUGUAAAUUUCGGACUGAAAGAUAUAACAUAUUAACCACCAAUGGUGCCGAAUCAAUCAACUCCGUUUUGAAGAAGGCCAAAAGGUAUCCGCUACUCAGUUUGCUUGAUAUCUGUGUCGCGAAGACGGUAGAAUGGUUCAGUAGGUACAGGGUGGAAGCAUGUGGUGGCGAUGAUUCUCAAAAAUUAACUCCGUAUGUGUACAAAGCGCUGCAUGAACGGUUCGAGAAGGCCUGUACGUAUGAGGUUAUUGAACUUAACAGGUUGAGUGGUAUGUUUGAGGCAAGGGAUGAAAAAGGUAGAAGACAUUUGGUAAAUCUUGGUGAUAGAACCAGUAGUUGCAGAAAGUUUGAUGUGGACAGCGAUUUUCAACUCGGAUUACUUCUCCGAACCAUUUCUAUGAUCGUAGAUUACACAUUCAAAGCGUUGAAUUCAUCAAAUUCGAUCAGUGUGACCAGUGUGACCAGUGUGACCAUCGGGAUGUGA